ACACGGCACAAUGUGAUCUUCCCCGGCACGAGCUAUUAUCGACAUGAUUGAAGAACAUCCCAAGGGCGCAACGCCGGUGCAGGUCGAUUGGCAGUCCGACCAAUAUUGGAGGAACCGGAGGCUAAGCCCUGCGCAGCUGCAGGUACACGACAUUAGACUUGAAGAUAGCGGAUGGAGAACCAACUCGGACGAGAUGUUGGAGAUGCGUGAGGUCUUGAGUUCUACAUUGCUGCCGGCUUUGGGAAAUAGAGACCGUUUGGCCAACGCGAUCCCUUACGAAGAACUCACCAAGAACAGAAGUGAGCAGAUGAAUCUACGCAACUUGGCUAAUGAGUAUGGCUGGAUGAAUUGCCUGCGAAGCAAAGACGUGCAACAAAGCGUAACAGAUCCUGAGAGCUUCAGGAAGUGCCGUUGGAUACACAUCUCCAGCAAAUUCUCCGACUAUCUAUCUGGGUGCCUGCUGGCUUUGUCCGAUUGGAACGAGAAACCUUCGCAAGUUGUAACAGCAUUGCAGCGACUCGAACACUGUGUGUACCAGCAGGAAAGAUUUUCCAAACAUGGCCGUUACUUUGCGCCCUUCUUCCAGUAUUUGCAUGGCGGUGUUGUCGACAAGAAAGACUGCACCAGCGACCCAAUGCUUCUCAGCGUUCCUUUCCUCGAUUGGUCGGUGGAGGGUGAGCCACCACCUUUGAGAUUCCAAAUCGAUCCACGUGAAGGUUAUCAAUCAUCCCGCAGCUCAUCACAUCUUCUGAGAUCCAUCUUGCAGCACUUCUAUCGCCUCGAGGAUACGGCAGAUCGCGAAUCACAACAAGUCUUCACAAAGCACAAGCCAUGGUUGACAGAUCGCAACCUCGACCUGAAAGUGCGUCGAUGGUACGGGCAUUAUCCAAAGAGCCUCAAUGUCGAUGAGUUAUGGGUCUUGGUUAUCGAUGCAAGGCAUAUUGUCACAUUCUCUUCCAAUCAGUCGUGGAAGUCUCGAUGGCCACCUCUUCAACUGUCAGCUCGUAUCAUGGAGAUCUCUUUCAGAGGAAUCCGUAAUGCAUUCGUCAAUUCCUCGACUGAGCAAGACUAUACUGCCACCACUCACGUAAUAACUUGUCUGAGUGGAAGCCUGGGCAUGUUGCAUCGAAGCUUCUGGUCAGAUAUUCCUUUAUGCCUGGCAGAUCGUUACGCAAGCUACCUUGGCCAUCUUCAGUUUCGUUUGCAUCGAAGCCCUUCUACAUCUCUCGUUAUGCACCUUUUGCAAGUCCAAGAAGAGCUAAACAUCAUCAUACAAAUCAUGCAGCAGCAAAUGGAUUUGAUCAAGGAAUUACAAUUGGCAUCGAAUUCGGGCAGGAACCGUGGCUACUCGCACAGCUCGGCAAGAGAAUUCCACCAACAGAACGCGACUUCAAUUCCUCGGUCGGGCAUUGCCACUUACCGCCAGAUGUCUUUUAGUCACCUCUCAGAUCCUAGCGCACAGCUUUUGGAGAACUUGCAGCGCGAAUACAUCGAUCUGUGUGAUCUUCGAGACAACAGUAACACGUUGAUCAAUAGAACGAUCCAGCUAGUAAACAUUCGUCUCGAGGACCAUGGCAAAGCGAUUCUGGUCUUCACAAUCAUAACUAUUAUAUUCCUUCCUCUCAGCUUCGUUUCAUCCUUCUUCGGCAUGAAUUUUGCCGAUAUACGAGACAUGGACAGAACCCAAGGCUUUUUUUGGAUCAUCGCCGGUAGUUUGACUGCGGGCACGGUUGCAUUCGCAAUGUUCCUAGCGUUUUAUGGUAGUUCCAUACUAGACUGGUUCAUUGCGUGGAAGGAGAAUAAGAAGAGAAGAAGUAGAUCAAAGAAAACUGCUUUGAAGGAAGCAGCAAGAGGGAUCAAAGCGAGCGGUAUCAAGAAUUUCGAGGUGUUGGACACCAUGAGACCGAGAUAGCCGAGUGGUUUUGAUUCCUUACUGCAGCGUAUUGACAACCUACGUGAACUUUUCUCCAAAGCACAACUCAGGUACGCACAUACUUCUAGUACUGUAAUCACAUGCGUCUGAUUGGCGGCCGUUGUGUCCUCGCCAAUCUGACGGCUAAAUUACGCAUCGAAUAAGAGUUCCAAGAUACACCAGCACAUGGUCCCGGGAGCAACAACCCGAUGAUCCUUACAGGUACGAGCCUCAAACGGUCCUGAAUUCGAGAUGGCAUUUGCGAUGUGCUUAUG